GACGCAGCUGAGGCCGCUCAGUGUGAAGCGCUGACAGGACGCUGCUGGAGAGCAGCAGUCGGCGCACAGAGCUCAGUGAAGUGUGUCUGCAGCAGCAGCAGCAGCAGCGAGUCUAAUACUGGAUUACCAUCACACAGAGGCCUCUCCAGCAGAGGGCAGCAUAAGAUCGAGCUCAUCUCCCAGUAAGUUCUCUCACUAAGUCUCAUCAGGUCCUCGGGCAGUCUGUGCCAUCAGGAUCACGCCUCUGACAACCAUGAAAGGCUCCCCUGACCUGAUUCCUUCUGCAGAUUUGGACCCCCGCAGAGUGUGCAAAGGGAAAGGAGUUGUGACUCUAAGGGCCACCCUCGUCCACAUAGAUGAUGAGGGCUGCAUCAGCGAAGAGCCAAAUGUCAUCACAACGCCAAGUGGCUGGACAAGCCAGAUUAAUGGGGACAGCUCUAAAGCAGGAUUGGCUGAGGGAGGCAGCAACAUCACAGCUGAUUUACCGCCUGUAAACAACACGCAGUGCCAGGUGUAUUCUCCGGAAAGCAUAAACGACAAUCAGGCUCCAUCCCCUACUGACAUUCAGAACUGCAUCACAUCAACGUCCAGCUCUGUUUAUCCCUGCACUAGCACUGUUAACCCCACCAUAGUCCUGCUGCAACACAACAGAGAGCAGCAAAAGCAUCUUUCUCAUUUUGAAGACCCAACUCCUGAAAGGGACAAAAGUCCUGAUCCUGGGAGAGAUUCAGUCAGCCCAGUCCCUGAUAUGGACUGGAAGAGGCUGCGGCUGUCACUGAACUCCCCUGUCCUCAGUCCUCUCAACAAGCCCAUUGUGCCUGUACGGAACCCUGAAAAGUCCAAAGACUGGUACAAGACAAUGUUCAAACAGAUACACAAAAUACCUGAGCCUAUUGAGGAAAAUCCUUACCGCCCCACCUACAUUUUCCCUGAGAACUAUGACAUUCAGAUGAAAUCAAAAGAUGAUGGUCCGAGCCCCUUUGGUUACCUGAAAGAUGUGAAAACAGUCCCGCGCUCAAAAAGUGAUGUCGAGGUCGAUUCGAGAAGCCGGUCGAUGCCUGUGCCAACACGGUCCUCUUCCCUCAAACCCUCUGCCAAAAGGAACGAGUGGGAGCCCCCGGAUAAAAAGGUAGACACCAGGAAGUACCGCGCCGAGCCCAAGAGCAUCUUUGAGUACGAGCCGGGGAAAUCGUCGGUGCUGAAGCUGGAGAGAACGACUCAGGAUGUAAGUCCAGAAGAUGUAGAUUUAGAGAAUGAGCCUUGGUAUAAAUUCUUUUCAGAGAUGGAGUUUGACAAAUCGAGUGCCCCCUCUUUCAGCCCCCUGGAAACAGCCUCCGACCUGCACCAGUACUCCUCAAGCAAGUCUGGACACAGCGAGGUGGAGAAGGACAGUGGAUCAUCCACGGGCGAGCCUGGGGCUCCAGAAUGCGACCGCCAUGUUUACAAGAGUGUCCUGGAGGGCGGCGACAUUCCCUUACAAGGUCUACGGGCCCUAAACAAGCGCCAGGGCAGCUCCUCCUCCUCUAAAGUGGAUUAUAAAGGUGGGAAUGGCUAUAUAAUUUCACCCUGCUCCUCUGUAAAUAGUCGAUCGGUUCUUGCCAGUAAUGCAAUAGGUAACCAGUGUAAGAGUAUGAAGCCUCUUUCUGCUGCCAAAGCCUGCAUACCCCAAAUCCUGCCCUCUAAGUUCAAGCCCAAGCUGCUGCCGCCCAGUGGUGAUAGUCAGCAAAGCAGGACUAAAGCUGUCAGGCACCCAAAGGCUCACAGCUGUGAGGAUCUGUACACGGGGCCAAGUGACACAGACUUUGCUGGAGCAGAGGAAAGAGAGAGCGGGCAACAUCUAGACUCAAAGUUCAGCUAUGGCACAGAUGGCGUGGACGGCCUCAGGAAUGUUUCCCCUGCAAUUAGGAGGAGCGCAUCAGAGUUUUCCAGCCUGUACAGGAGCAUGCAUCACAUCCAGCGGCCCAGCUCGGCCGGCUGCAGCCCCCAAGGCAGCGUCCGCAGCCUGGCCUCUCUUUUUGAGAAGGUAAAGGGCGGAGAGGGUGAAAGGUCAGAGGAGGAGGACGGGGGUAACAUUCCACGGGAUGCAGUGUCGUCACGGGUCACAGAGUUUGAAAUGAUCAUCCAGCGGUCCAGCUCUGCACCCAGCCGCUCCUCCUCCCUGCCCACCCUGAACUCCAGCCACAGCCACAGCCCCAACCACAGCACCGCCCACCUCUACAUGGCGUCUGCGGUGUCAGCGGAGUCCCUUUUGGUAACCGACACAACCCAGACAGAUGCCUGCUCCACGGUGGAGGCAGCGGGCAAGAACUGUGGGGAGGAGGUCCUGUUACCAGGCAUUGUGAUUGUGGAGGAGGCUGCUUCCUCAGAUGAUGGACAUACUGUCAGGACUGAGUCUCCCUCUAACACUGAGGCUGAGGUUGAACAGAUCUUCAGUAAAAGUACCCCAGACCUGAUCCAACAAAAUGUCCGUGAAUCAAAGAGUCCCUCCGCACUGCUUACAGUGUCCCCCCCACAACACAACCAUAUCCACCACCACCACCACCACCUCCUGCACCACCUGAACCAUCAACUCCUCCUCAAACCCAGCAAAUGCAAAGGUUCUUGCCCAGCCUCCUACACCCGCUUCACCACCAUCCUUAGGCACGAGAGGCAGCAGGCCACGACCCAACAGGAGAAACCGCCACCUGUGGAGAAGAAGACCACACUGCCUGGGAACCUCUUCCUCAUGGGCCCUGCCCCCUUCAGGUUACGGAAGAACCUGCAGUCCCACCAAACCCGGAGGACCGUGUUAGCCACUAAGGUGACGAUGGGCACCCAGAGGCCUAGCACUUUGUCUCCUGAGCUCAGACCUCUGAUCCCUCAGCGCCUGUCCUCCCUGGAGGUCCUGGAGAGGCUGAGUAACGGGGACGGAAGCAACACUGACCACCUGAGUAACGGGCAGGGCUUGGACGCCAACGGGAACCUACUGCAGCCGCUGGCAGCUCACUGCAGAGACUCGUCCCCAGCACAUGGGGAGAGCCAGGAUGAAGUGUUGCGGAGGCGUCAUGGGGACAAAGAGAAAAUCUUGGAGGAGCAGCGACGGCUGAAGCGGGAACAGGAAGAGGCUGACACAGCGUCGAGGCGUCACACAGGCAUUGUCCCAACGCAUCACCAGUUCAUCACCAAUGAGCGCUUCGGAGACCUGCUCAACAUCACAGAUAACACAGAGAAGAGGAAAUCAGGCAUAGAGAGAACCCCCGCUAUGGCUCGUUUCGACUUCAGAGCAGAAACUCUAAAGGAGUUGCCAUUUCAGAAAGGAGACAUUGUCUACAUCAUUCGACAGGUGGAUCAAAACUGGUAUGAAGGGGAACAUCAUGGAAGAGUUGGUAUUUUCCCUCAAAGUUAUGUCGAGCUCCUUCCCCCCACAGAGAAAGCCCAGCCAAAGAAAAGUGUCCCAGUGCAGGUACUGGAGUACGGAGAAGCCGUCGCCCGCUUCAACUUCAACGGGGACACAGUUGUGGAAAUGUCUUUCAGAAAGGGAGAGAGGAUAACACUGAUACGUAGAGUUGAUGAAAACUGGUAUGAAGGAAAAAUCUCAGGCACCAACCGCCAAGGCAUCUUCCCCGUCACGUAUGUAGAAGUGCAGAGACGACCCCGCGUCAAAAACGGGGUGGAGUAUCCCGACCCUCCUGUCAGCCAGUCUCCACAGCGCAGCACCAAUGCUUCUCCACAGCUGUAUCGUAAUCGCCUCACCACCUCCCCCUUGCCCCUCCCUCGUUCCCCUCGUCGCUCUGUGUCCCCCGAAGUCCAUGCUGUCUCCUCUGAGUGGAUCUCCCUGACUGUGGGAGGCGGGAGCCCUCCUGCCGCACCCACCCCUCCCUUGCCGCCGCUGCCCACCGUGUCCUACCGCUGUGGCGAAUACCUGCCCCCACCCUUCUCUGCCAGCCCUGUGCCCCCCAUCAUGGGCAGCCCAUACGGCGUCUCCCCCAUGGCUUCCCCAGCUGCCUCCCCUCUUCCUCCACCUUACCCACCCAGACCCAACUCAACCACUCCCUUCCUCACGUUCACCCCACCUCAGGGGGAGGACUUCCUGCUCUCCCCUCCUUCCUCACGUCUGUCACGCAGCGUGAGCCCCAGUGGCGGGCCGGUGCUGGAAGGCUGGCUGAGGGGGGAGAAGGAGUUGACAGAGGGGGAAGGCGCAGAGGGGGACCGGGGCCACGCAGCCCCGGGCAGCAGGCGAAAUAGUCCUGCAGAGUUUGUGAGGAACGAGGCUGAUCAUCAUGGACGGACCUCCAGAAGCCCUGUGAUGCUGUUCGACAUCCAAGACAACAACAAUGUUAACUCAUUUGCGGAGGCAGUGUGUAAUGAGAUAUUAAAUAUUGCUGAGACCUCGGUGAGGUACUGCAGCACCCUGUCCCACCUCCCUCAUGACUCUGUCCAUAGACUGCACCCCCACCCCAGUAAACAAUCUUUCAUCAUUUCCCAGCAACCCCAGUCCCACAGCAGCAGCCCGGAGCCAAGCCGUCUCAGCUGUGGAAUUUUCCAGGCUUUGUACAGUUAUGUCCCGCAGAACGAGGACGAGCUGGAGCUGCAGGAGGGAGAUCUCGUCAGCGUCAUGGAGAAGUGUGAUGAUGGCUGGUUUGUUGGAACCUCAAAGAGGACAAAACUGUUUGGGACUUUCCCUGGGAAUUACGUGAAGGAGGUGAAGCUGUAAAGAUAUCUAAUCUGGCUGUAACACAUGGUUGCCUGUCAAGCUUGGGAAGUCAUUACUAUCGCGCAUGGCUGUUGGUUAGCGUAGUCAUUUAGCCACGCAAAUCCAUUUUGUCUGGGAAAGUGAUCGGUCGGCCUGAGGUAUGUCGAACUGCACGAGGUGGAGACAGAGACAGCUCACUGCCCAGACCUCGGUAUGGUGUACACCUUGACCACAUUUCACACACACGUCGACAGAAUUCGUCCAUCUCCACAUGUGGACUCUUAUCUGUGAAAACCCUACCACAAACUAGCUUUUAUUGUACAGAUAAUAGCUUCCAUUUUGUCCAUGUAAUUUACAGUACACAAGUGUUUACGUAAGCACCUCAGUCUGGAGGCACAGCAGCAGAGCAGUGUAUGGAUCAAAGAGUGGCUCUUAUUACCUGAACUGGACUUUGAAGGAUUCAGAAUGUAUUUUUAUGUGAUGUCAGGUUGGAGCUGUUUGUCAUGAGCUACCUUUCAGGACCCAGAGGUGUUUAUCUUCAUUAGCAAAGUGUGAUGCAAAGCAUGCAUCUCAUGAUUCAAAGACAUUUUCAGUCGUUUAGACGUUGCCUCCAAAAGAAAAUCUUUAGUGUUUGAAACAAACGUAUGAAACUAAAUGUGUUAGACAAUUUUGCUCAGUUUAGAUUUGAGAAAAUGAGUAUAAAUACUUUAGGCCUUAUGUACGAAGCCCCUUUAGAGACUGGUCUGACAUAUCUGUUUUACUUUCUGUUACAUUUUCUGAAUCAUCAUAAAGUCAGUAUUGGCUACUUUUGAAGAGUAUUCACAAACAGUAUAACCCAAAAGCUUUACAUACCGGUUUAGUAUUGCCUUCAUUUUCGAUUCAAAGGUUGUUAUACAACAGUUAUUACACAUUAUCAUGUGCAUGACGAGAAACUCAAAUGUUGAAGUGUGCUGUGUGCUUCUCUUUUCUAAGUUACCACAGCAAACACAAAUCCACGAUCCACAUGUUGCAUGUCUGAUAAAAGUGAAGAGAAACUGUGUAUAUACACAUCUUAUAUUUUCACAAACUAUUUAUUUGUCCUUUUUUCUUACCUCUUCUGUCAUAUCAGAAGUAAACUGUGUUUGCUGAUGGCUGAUGCCUGUAAGGUAGCUGGUGGUAGACGCUUGGCUCCGGUGUAACCACAGGACAGGCGUGGUAGCACUUAACUUCCUGUUUGGACUUUUAGGGAGAUCCCACCUAACAAGAUAAUAGUAUAUUAAUCAGCUAUGACACAAAAAGCUAUUUAAUGUGUUAAGUAAAGCCAACAACGUGUCUUAGAAAAUAAUCAGUUAUUUUUAAGCGCAUAUUGAGAUUUUAACCAUGCCCUUACUGACAAGAUAGUAUGUUUUAGCCAUGUAAAUGUGUACAGAAAACUUUAAGAGGCCUUCCAAAUAUGGCUACAUAUUUUCAUAUGUAAUGACUACAACUUGGGCUAUACAGUUAGUUGAAUGAUUUAAAUCAGCAUGCACUGUUAAAUCAAUAAGAGAUUGACAAAUCAAAUCGGAGCAUGAAACACUGUCCCUGUAUUUGCCACCUUUAGCUUAAAGAAAACAGAAGUGAUGGUGACAGGGUGAACGGUCUGCUCUUUGAGCUUCAGUAGCUCCCUGAUGGGGGACGGCUUUGGAUUCUAUCAGAGCAUCAGAGCUGUCUUCCUUCAAGUACAGAGCUCCCACAUCUCAAGCUCCAUCAGAUCCCUGUAACAGACACCACACAUCAGAUUAUAUCCUCUCCAUGCGCAGAUUGAAAGAUGAUAGCUAUUGUUUUUCCUUUGCUUGUGUUUUUUCAUCAAAUUCCACGUCGUCAUCAACCGCUACACUGUGCUCAUCAAUCCUCUGCAGAGCUGUCAAAUAAUAGUUGCAAAUAGUACCCAGUGCUUGUUGUGACCUGCUCAAACUGGCAGAUGGAUGCAGUUUAUAAGGCAAUCGCUGAAGAAGUAUUCGAGUCAGUUUAUAACAGGAGGACUGACGUAGCUCCAAGUAUGAUCCGUUUUCCAGUCUACACAUUUCUAAUCAACUGGUGCCAGACUAUCAGUGGGCCUACCUUUUAGUAUCUCUUUAUGAUCGCCUACAAAAUAAAAAACAUAAUGUGAAGGAUUAAAAGAUAAAACUCUCACUAGAUCUAAAAGUGUAUGUUUACUAUAUCUCUGUUUUUUUCUGUGUCUGAAUGUGUUAGCUACAGUUGUGCAGUGAUGAUGAACAUUGACCUAUUUGGAACGUGGUUUGAAGCUGUGUGUGGCUACCACAUAAGUGAUUUAUGAAGUUUAAUAACUGAUGAAGUACAUUAGUUUAACGAAACUCAGUAGCAAUCGGUGUUUCAUCCUCUCGGACGUUCACUGUCGAGACAAAAUCAGGAGCUUCUUCCUGUGCAGAUCACCUCCAACAACUUAGCCAACAUCAGCAAGGGAAUGUUUUCUCAAUAUCGCAACAUCACAUUAUGGGUUUGCCUGUGUAGCACUGAUAUAAUAUUCAGGUAUAUUGUUACACCACAAAAGCAUGUUUUUUCCCUCCACUGCUGGCUAAACAUUUUUGUUCCUGUGUGACUCCAGCGCUGCAUGAAUGUGCUGAUUGGUCGACCUGUAGGCUUUUCUUCCCAGACAGAACAAAAAGCGAGAGGUUGGCUCCAUCUCCACAACACACUGUAUGAUGGACAAACAAUCACUCAUUUAGUCAUAACACCUCACUUUAGGUUGUUUUCUGUGAUACCGUGCUCCAUAAAACAUCACAGGAUGUAUGAAUGUAUGAAUAUAUGAAUGUGGCCAAUGCACACAUAAUAUGUAAAAAAAACAAAAGAAACGUCUGAAUUUUCAUCUUGAGUGAACAUGCAGACUUUUGUGCAGCGUGGAUUGUAAAUAUGUAAAAUAAAAAAUAGUCUGCGAGUGAUGGGAGCGUCAGAUUGAGCUUUCCGUCUAUUGCAGCAGUUUAUUUACCUGAAGGAUUUUUCUUUUUUGUUUGUUUUUUUUGUUUGGCAAAGCACAGAGCGGAGUGUUACAGAGCACAGGAAGUUUGACGCAUAUGAACAUUACGCUGCCAUUUGUGAGGAUCAUAAUGCCUUAUGUUAGAUGCAAAACCGUGCCUCAUUUUCAUUUAUUGUUUUUUUUUUUUUUUUUCUGGGAGUAUCACUGAAAUGUAUCCAUUACAUAUUUAAUGUAACUAUGGUUUUCCCGUUAGUCCUAGUCUCUGUGAUGGGAGAACAAUUACUAAGAACUUGUCAGUUACUGUGCAAGUACCUAAAAGUGUGACACAAUGCUUUAACUUAAUGAUUAAUAAUCAUAAGCAAGAAUGGACUAGUUUGAUGAGACACAACCUGCAACAGGUUUGGUUUGUUUGCUUCAAUUUGCAGUGCUGUUACAUUGACAAUAUUAAAAUAAAGAUACUAUACACUGCUGUGACUUCGGUAUUAUGCAAUAUUUAAUAAACCAUUUAAACCAC